UGUACAUACUGAUCACCUGCAUACAAGCAAGUGUUUAGAACUUUAUCUGAACGUUGCCAACUGCUCAAUCAGCAUGGCUAACAGAGAGCUCCCAGCAGAAAGCAGCAUAAUAAGUGUUCAAGAUGAUGAGGGUAGUAACAGUUUUCACGACGAUAAGAUUGGACCAGCCGCUACAAUACCAUCUAGCUAUAGGAAAGUAUGGGAAACAGUUUCUGGGUUUGUGAAAUCCACUAUUCGCGUAGUUAUACUUUCUAUAAUGCUAGUAAUUGGGGGCGUAGUAGCUUUAGUUUCUACCGUGCUAUAUGGGAUAUAUGCUUUUCUUUUGCCGGAAAAAGUACAGAACUUUGUUGGGAAAUCAGUGAAAUACGCUCUUGCUGUAGUUGGAUCUUUUCUACUGCUAGUUGUGGGCAUAGUAGUUAUUCUACUAUAUCCAUUGGCUUUCAUGGCAUCAAGGUGGAAAGGGAUAUUCAUACUAUCAUGUCUAGCAGUGUCGUUUGAUUCUUUGUUCCUUUACAUUCCGAUCAUCGAUGAGGAACACAACUGCCUUGGCACGGACAUGCCGUUAAGGAAUGUAGCACUCGCCCUCAGAUCAGUAACAGAUCUCACUUUCAUAUUCCAUAUUACAUGUCUAAUUUGUGAUCUCAUGAACAAAUGCCCCAACUGGUCUGACUCUGGUCUGAAUUUGGAUCCAAAACGGUUGUCUGACUCGUCGAAACUGAAGCAUGUCCGAGAGGCGAUGACCAAGAAGAUAUCGGGGUUAUCUUUCUCUGUCAUAAUCAACUUUGUUGCUAUUCUACCGUUCCCACAGUUGGCAGUAAUAGCUGGCUUUUUCAAAUUGGGAAGCUUUUAUAGAUCACAGAUUAUGAACAAGGUUCUUGUUUUCCAAUAUUUCCUAAGGAGUUGCCAAAUAAUUCUAUCCAUUAGAAAGAUGCAUACAGCUGGAAAAUGGUUCAAAGGUGCAAGCUACUUUCUCCUGUACUUCAUUGCUAGCCAUGUUCUUGGAGCGUUUUGGUAUUUCUUUUCUAUUCAACUAAAGUUAUCAUGCUGGGACGAAGCAUGUCAAACUAUUGCCGGAUGCAAGUCUGUGAAUAAUUGCGGUCACAAUACUUCAUUAAAUAGCUCAUAUAUGCUAAGUGAAUCAUGCCCUAUAGAUGCUUCGAAUGCAACUACCUUUGAUUUUGGAAUGUACCGUGAUGUUCUUAAAUCUGGUAACAUGGGACAUACAGAUUUUUCAGCAAAAUUCUUUUACUAUUUCUGGUGGAGCCUAAAAAAUCUAAGUAAUUUUGGCACCAAUCUCGAAACAAGUAGCGACAUGUGGGAAAACUGCUUUGCAAUAAUUAUUUGUGCUAUGGGGUUACUACUAUUUAUAAUUCUCAUCGGAAAUGUACAGACAUAUAUACAAUCGGAAACCGAAAAGUCUUUGAUGAUUAAGGAUAAACGAAGAAUGAGGUUAUAUACGAAGUAUAAGGAUAUAGAAAAGUGGUUGUCAACUCAUGGUUACCCUGAUAAUGAUUUAGAGACUCCUAAUGCCUGGAAAAACAUCAAAGAACUUAAAGUGGUGGAGUUGAUUGAUAAAGAUGUGGAUCUUGAAUUCAUGCGCAGUUGUUUUAAGCGACAUCCAUCCGCAACAGAUCCACUCAAUGUUAUUUGCGUCCAUGCAUUAAAGAAGGUAUCUAUUCUUCGAGAUGUGGAUGAACAAGACUUGAAGAAUUUUCAUGACGACCCUCUCGAUUGUACCACCCUUGAGAAGGACAGCUACAUCACUAAUGCAGGAAAACAACUUAGUACUUUGUAUUUGAUUAUAGAUGGCACAAUUGAGGAUGUCAAAACAAAGCGUCGACGUGAUUGUUGUGGAGAAGAAGUUUUACAUUGGGCAAUAUCAAACUAUAAGAAAUCGAAAGACAAACGCGGUAAGCUUCCUGAUGCAUCAGUUGAUGUUAAAUGUUCAACGAAAAUAAGAGCUUUCAAAUUUACUGCUGAUGAGUUGAUCGACAUUCUCAAUGAGUUUGAAAAUCCACAACCGUUGCCUUCUGCUCUUGACCACCAAAUUAGCAUGACUGAACGUGGAAUGAAGGAUUGGUUGUUGAGAAAUGGGUUCCCUGAGGAUCUGAAGGCAAACGUCAUGAAAUUGCUACCGCUAGGAAACACAAACGGUGAUGCUGAUGUUGAUGUUGGCAUAAAAAAUUUGCUGCUCAUGAAUGCUGAUGAUCUUGGUGUUGGUGUCAACACUGAUGUUGAUGUUGGCAUCAAAAAUGUGCUCCCGCUAGGAAACAUGAAUGUUGAUGUUGAUGCUCAUGCUGAUGAUGUUGGUGUGGAUGGUGUUGGUGUGGAUGUGGAUGUGGAUGUGGAUGUGGAUGUGGAUUUUCUAUUCCGUAUUCUUCCAGAAAAUUUGAAGCCAUCCAUAAAGCGGCAUCUGGGCAUGAAUGCCCUAAAGGAAGUGCCCAUGCUUCAAACAUUGCACGAGUACGUUUUGGAAAUCAUCUGCACACAUAUGGAGCCAAAGGUCUACCUAAUGGAUGAUUAUGUUGUUAGAGCAGAAGAACCACUUGGUUUCAUGAUCUUCAUCCUAGGAGGCAAAGUGAUAGUGACUGACACGACUAACAGCAAUGCCACAACAACAAAUUCGUCAGAUAUCACCAAGCCAUCUAAUGAGUAUGUUCUUGAGAGAGGCGAUUAUUAUGGAGACCAACUUCUGAGCUGGGCAUCACCCAAUAACGUGUCUUCUUCUAAUAUGGCCUUCAUCUCAACUAGAGAUGUCAGAUGUCAAACGAAAGUGGAAGCCUUGAUCCUCAAAGCUGAGGACUUGAAGAGUGUAGCCUCCAAAUGCGGAUCACAGUGGAACUUCGACAAUUUUAUGAAUUCUCAGCAGUUGGUUCACGAUGGCAAAGAUCGUGUGGCAAAUGCUGCACCAACCCCCACUAUUGAGGAGGCUAUCCGGCUUCAUCAGGGUCAUGACAUAAUCCUAGAGCAACUAGUUCUACUUAGAGAUACCAUAUUCCAGAAAUUAGACGAUCAGGGCCGGAAAUUAGAUGACCAGGGACGGAGAUUAGACGACAUGGCUACAUAUUUAACCACAGUGGGUUAUACAGGGAGUACUCACACAUCUUCUACUCCUCCAGCACCUUGAUGUAGGUUUCUGUAUUCAUGUCAAAUCAGACUGGAUGAAAUGUUACUAUGUGUGAUUAUAAAAUGGUGGAAAGGGAUUCAUAUGCUCUGUUUAUUAAUUGAUUUUUUGAACUUUUUUCUUUGUAUGCAAAAGAAGUGUAAAUUGGAUUGAAACUAGAUGCAAGCAGCUGGGAACCAUGUUAAUUUGA